GCCAGGGGGGAAGUGUGAAGGGGUUGCACCGGGCGGAAGUGAAGCGGCCGCCAUUGUGGUGUCGUGGCGGUGACGGCGAGUCCAGGCGGCGAUUGUCGGAUCAGGUGCCCGCGCCGAGCCGAGCCCCGGCCUCCCCCCCGCUCACGCUGUCCGGAUUUUUUUUAAGACCCGGAUAUGACCUCCUUUUUUGAAUGGAUUUAUAGUGGUUUCACUAAUAGUUUUUCUAGUGCGCUUCAGUUUCUAGGACUAUACAAGAAAUCAGGAAAGUUAGUAUUUCUAGGACUGGACAAUGCUGGAAAGACUACGUUGUUGCACAUGCUCAAAGAUGAUAGACUGGCACAGCAUGUGCCAACACUACAUCCAACCUCGGAAGAGCUGACGAUUGCUGGGAUGACUUUUACUACUUUUGAUCUGGGUGGCCAUGCACAAGCUCGCAGAGUCUGGAAAAACUACCUCCCUGCCAUCAAUGCCAUUGUCUUCCUGGUUGACUGUGCAGAUUGCGAGCGUCUGGCAGAAUCUAAAGCGGAGCUUGAUGCACUAAUGACAGAUGAAACUGUUGGAAAUGUGCCUAUUCUCAUCCUUGGAAACAAAAUUGACCGACCUGAGGCAAUUAGUGAAGAAAAGUUCAGAGAGCUGUUUGGACUGUAUGGGCAGACAACGGGAAAGGGAAAUAUUUCCAUGAAGGAGCUUAAUGCACGACCACUAGAAGUCUUCAUGUGCAGUGUCCUAAAGAGACAAGGUUAUGGAGAAGGUUUCCGUUGGCUAGCCCAGUACAUAGACUGAAGCUGAAUUAUGAGAAUGCAAUCUGUCAAGGACUGAAGACUCAUCUACCAACGUACUACAACUUGAACCUAAUAGACAUUUUCUGGGCAUAUGUUUGGUUAUAAAAGUUUGAUGUUUUUCUAGAAGAAUAACAAUAACAUUGGCUGUGCUUAAAAGAAAAAAAAUCAUCUGUAUGUAUGAAGCCUCAAAAAAAAAAGUUCUUAAACGAUUUGUAUGUUUGACGUUACAAUAUGGUAACAUUCUAAUUUCCGUGGAUAAAAUACUUGUUUCUUUAUUUGAUUUAUUACAUUAACCAAACUAUCAAUCUGUACAGUUUUGAACAGAGUGUGUACUUAGACAAAAAUAGCCUCUGAAUGCACUUUUUAACAUGAAAGCAACGUACGUGAGUGGUAUUUAAUGAUCAUGUCAAAUUUUUUAUGUACUAUUUUUGAAAUUGUUCGGUUCAAUAAAUUUAGAACAUGUAACCACC